UGCCAGAUGGCUUGGUGCCCGCUGUCAUGCCAGAUGACUGGGUGCCCGCUGUCAUGCCAGAUGACUCGGUGCCCGCUGUCGAGCUUGAUGACUCGGUGCCCGCUGUCGUGCCAGAUGACUCGGUGCCCGCUGUCUUGCCAGAUGACUCGGUGCCCGCUGUCAUGCCAGAUGACUCGGUGCCCGCUGUCGUGCCAGAUGACUCGGUGCCCGCUGUCUUGCCAGAUGACUCGGUGCCCGCUGUCAUGCCAGAUGACUCGGUGCCCGCUGUCAUGCCAGAUGACUCGGUGCCCGCUGUCGUGCCAG